AUGUCUUUGAAGUUUGUUCAAGAUAAUCCAUUCAAAGGGAAACCACAUAGAAUCGUUGACCUUGAACCAAACGAAGGUCCUAAACAUGGUGUUGGCGCAGGGCCAAUUAACCCAAUUUUAAGAUUGCCUCCUCAGUGCAGGAUGAAUGGCCUAGGGCCAAAAAGAGGUAUUGGAAAGUUCACAGGAGAUACUUCAGAAAUAAGAAACCCAAUUCAACCCUCAAGAGUAGUAUCAAAGGAACCUCCUCGAGUAGAUUUUUCAUCAAACUUACAACCUCAUAAAGGUCCAAAGCGUGGAUUUGGUUAUGGACCUGGAACAACAGACAAUCUUCCAGGUCCAAAGCGUGGUCAUGGAGCUGGCCCAGGAAUUGAUCCUUUAUCUCUUUUCGAAACAGGCAGCUCUCAGGAUGAACAACUAUGCGUAAGACUUACCAACGAAUUCCGCCAAAAACAAGGCAAACCUCCGCUGAAAUUUAUGAAAAAAUUAUCAGAAAUCGGAAUGCCUCAUACAAAGAACAUGUUAGCUCGUAAAAUACCUGUAGGACACAUUGGAUUCGACGAAAGAGCAAGGCAAAUCGCUGGUUACGCUGCUGCCGAAAAUGUGGCUUAUUGCCAAGGAUACAGCGAUCCAAUUCGAAUUUUCGUUCAAGGAUGGAUCAAUUCACCUGGCCACAGAAGAAAUUUACUUGGUGAUUACACACAUAUGGGGAUUGCCGUAGCACAUGAUGGAGAUGCAUGGUAUGGAACUCAACUAUUUGCAAGAUAUUAA